AUGCCCAUCCUACCAUAUGACGCAUUGGUUUCUCCUGCUGCGAAGGAACGUUGGCUGAAGUGGAAGAACGACCUUGAUAUUGUAGAGAAGAACAGAAGGAACUCUGCGCCACAGGCUUCCAGUUCGCUUACCGCAGUACCAUCUAAGCACUUGAUGGGCUUCGACUCGGAAGAUCGUGUGCGAGAACAGAUGCGCCGGGCACAUACACGUGCUCUUGAGGCUGGAGUCUGGAAUGAGGCACAGCCUAUUACACCACUACCAUCGUCCGAUUCGCUCACCCUGCCCGGUCACAUCUUCAAAACCCCGACCAAUGGACCGCAAGCGCCUACUCCUACCAGAGUCCCGACUAGGUAUCCGGCGGAGCCGCUGAUGGUUUAUAGCGAUCCUUUCGGUCCACCAGGGCCUCGUCCAGUCUACAGUAACUCUCCUCUGGCCACCAACGGUCGCAGAGUCAACGAUGGUCACUACUCUGGUAACUAUUUUGCGGAAAACUUCUCGUCUACCGAUACAAUGAACGUGGACGAUUCAGAGAACUUCUCUGGGCUAUACAGCUCACGUUAUAGUGAUCGUCAUGAUGGUUCUUCGGGUGACUCGGGACAAGAGUCUGGUUCCAUGUCAUCAGAAUCCCUGCAGUUACCAUCAAUCACACCAAGCCCCGAACUCGCGCCAACUUCCACAGGCUUACCCGCAUUGGAAGACAUUGACAUCGAGUUGCUUGACACGCCAAACGAUCAGGUCGCAGAGUCAACGUCACUUGAGUUCUCAGAUUCGAUUCCACUUCCAUUUAUACCCGCGCGUACAGACGAAGAAGAUCAUAUCACGGACACAGUGGGUGCUAUCGCUAUCGACAGCUAUGGAAACAUUGCUUGCGGUGCGUCAUCAGGAGGCAUUGGUAUGAAGCAUCGUGGCCGUAUCGGGCCCGCUGCUCUGGUCGGUAUCGGGUCGGCUGUCAUACCGGUUGACCCAGACGACAAGGAUCGGAACACAGUCGCUGCGGUCACGAGUGGAACAGGCGAACACAUGGCUACCACCAUGGCUUCGACAGUGACAGCCGAACGUCUCUUCUACAGCGUGAAGAAGACUCCAACCGGUAUUGUCGAGACGGAUGAUGCUGACGCGAUCAAAUCGUUCAUCGAACGCGACUUUAUAGGUGAGGCAAGCAAGCAUCGUGUUUUAACUAGGUACUGA